AUGACACCGGCCACCUCAUCGCCUUUCUCGCCCCCAAUGAUGGCGGGCGACAGUGGAGACAUCACCGACCCAACGCCGGCUACCAUGCCGCAUGCCAUCGGGCCUGUCUGCAAUGCCAUCGCUCCUGCAACAACGACACCCGAACCGUCCACGCGGUCCGCUGAGCCGGUCUCCGUGGCGGCGUGCGAGCUCGGCACCGCGCCGAUUCCACUGCCUCCGACUCUGCCGGCUAACGCCACCGCGGACAUGGGUCACGACCUUCUGCGACCCCCACUACAUCCCACGUCAGGCAUCCUCACCGAACCACCGGACGCUCCUGUGGCCCCUGAACCCACUUUGCCCUGCCGGCCAGUGGCUUCCUCACGAUGCGCAUCAUCACCUGCUGCACUGGAUGAAUGUCGCCUCCCGACAAGAUUCAAGCUGGCUUGA